AUGAAACUACAUCCACGGACGUUUGGCAAUGUAUUUGCAUCAUACACCGGACCAGACUGUGGACUGGAUUUCGUGCACAAACUAGAAUCUCCGCAAAAUCACACCAAACCCAAAGGCUUGCCAGCAGGUUGCACCAAAUGGACAGUGAAGAACAGGAAGGCAUAUGGGAUUUCAAUGUCUUUGUACGACCAACACCCAAUCAAUGGCAAAAUAUCUGGUGAUCCUAUAGCGGAUGCCUUUGGAUUAUGCGCCCGAAAAAAUGGAUCAAUAAUGAUAGUUGCCGAUGGUGUCAACUGGGGAGAGAAAUCCAAAAUUGCUGCCAGGUGUGCUGUUUAUGGAGCCAUGAAGUAUAUUAACGAACAGAUUUUUGGGGUAAAAGUUAAUUCAGAUUUAGAUGAAAGUGGCAGAGGUGAAAAUAAUGAAAAUGAAAUUAUAAAUGAUGUGACUGAGCAGUGGGAUGGUGAUAACGUGAGAAUGAAAGCAUCGUUUGAAAAUACUAAGGAUGUAUUUGAUUUGUUAUUGAAGUCGUUGGAAGAGGCCCACCAGAUGAUAAUCAAACACCAAGGUGGGCUCACAACGUUAUGCGUUUGUUUCGUCUGCCCCAUCCAACAACCAACUCUUCAACGCAUACAACCUUCACAUUUGCUACCAGCUUCACAAUCGCCAUUAACACCCCCAUCUCCAAAAAUUCUCGCAUCUCCAGAAUCAUCAUCAUCACCGUCGCCUAAUAGUGAGGAUGAGAAAUUACUGCCUGAUUUAAUAGCAACAUCGUUAUCGGGAUUGUCCUCGCCAUCAUCAUCAUUACCACAAAUUCCAUCUCCAUCAUUAUCAUCACCACCUUCCUUGGCAACCAAUCUACCACUACAAAUGCUCGCAACGACACCACCAGCAUCAGCGCCUAAAAAAUUUAUGGCAUGCGUCGUUAACGUUGGAGACAGCUUAGCUUUUGUGUUUAGUCGUCGGCAUGGUGUCCGUGAGGUUACGACAGGUUCGCAUGACGUCACGUGCGAGAGGGAUAUUCGCGAUGCUGGUGGAGCCUUGGGGCCUGUUUCGGUUGACGGCCAGCCCGAGUUGAACAAUUUGACGUGCUCGAUGACGUGCGUGGAGGCUGGGGAUGUUGUCUUCCUCGCCACGGAUGGCAUCACUGAUAAUUUUGAUCCCGUGGUCACUAAGAUAGCAGUAGCCAAGAAAUCCUCCACAACACAGUCGCCUACCGACCUGAUGAUGACAAAAAGCACAACUGACGCUAAUGACGUCACCAACGUCGAUGACGAAAACGAUGAUGACAAAACUUUAAAGGAGCCAACAACACUGCAGCCAGCUGAUCAUGACUCGAGCACAACUCAAAGAGCUGAAAAUCUCUCAAAACCGACCAACUUCACAAACAUUCAAAAUUCCCUAAUUGAGGAUGUAGAAAUGGUGGAGCCCAAAUUAGGACUGGAGGAUGGCAAGCCAAUCAUGCUGCCUUUCGAAAGACAUAGAUAUGCAAUAAAAGAGAUGGAGAGAGUUUUACACGAAUUUGAAUUAUUCACCGAAUGCCCGUGUUCUGCACAAGAGCUCUGUGGUGCAUUGCUACAACAUGUCCUCAAACUGACUGAUGCCAAGAGAAAAGUUCUGGAAAACCCGGAUCUGUAUGGGAAGAAAAAGAAACUGAAACCAGAAGAAAAACAGAAUCGGGAUUUUCAGAUCACCUGCAAACUGGCUCAGUCACCAGGAAAGCUGGAUCACGCAACUGUUAUUGGCUAUGAGGUCGGCUGCUUUCGUGGGGAUGAAGAUGAGGAUUAUUGUUACGAUGCACAAUAAUUAUAAUAAUUAUUAUUAUAAUUUAUUAUUAAUAAAAUUAUUCUUAUUACCUUCAUGUGUUAUCAUACAAUGUGUCUGUCAUCGUUGUCUCAGUUAAAUUUAUUGAAUUCUCCAGCUUGAAAAUACUGUGUUUACUUUUCUUUUAAUUUGUAACAAAAUCUUUAUAAUCAUCUUCGUCAUCAUCUUCGUCAUCUUGGUUAUCGUCGUCAUUGUUCCUCCUACUUAACCUUAUUGCCAACAUGAUUGUUUUCCAAGAGCGUUUAUUUAUUUCACGAUAUUUGAUACGUUUUUUGAAUCGUAUAUUUCUCUCUUUAUUCAUUUAUGCCAAUUAAUUUAAACACGAUUUUUCAUCAUUUUUAUGCAAAUUUUUAUAAAUUUGAUCCAAAUUAUCA